AUGCGGAUCCUCUACGCCCUGGUCGCCGCGACGGCCUUCGCCUUCGCCCCCGCCGCCCCGCCGAGGACAGCCGUCGCCCCGGGCGCGACGCGACGAGGGCGCGACGGGAAGAUCUACGUCGGCGAACCGGAGCCCAUCGAGCAGGUGGGCGACCUGCUGCGCAACCUCGGGCGGGGCCUCGAGCAGGGCGCGCGGGGCGUCAUGGACGACGUCUUCGGCAAGCAGCCCGUGCUGAACCCGAUCCCCAUCGAGAUGCCCCCCGAGGAGCCGGAGGCGAUCCCGGAGAAGGACCCCUUCGACUUCCCGCCGCCGAGCCGACCACACGGCGGCGACUGGGGCCUGGACAGGUUCUAG